ACAAGAUGGCAGAUAAGCAUGAUUUCUAAAAUAAAUACAAAUGGUGAAAUGAAGUUGGUCCCUUUUAGAUGGGAAUUUUAAAGAAGGCUGUAUUUUCAUGGCCCUCCAGUUUCCCAGAAAGAAAGAAAGAAAGAAAGAAAGAAAGAAAGAAAGAAAGAAAGAGAAAAAAAGCUAGCAUGGAAAAACCCCACAAAAAUAAACCUGCAAUUUCUAUGAAUUCAACAUAAAUUCAAAUGAGUAGGUGUUCAUUUUUGAAAAAUCUCUUUUUGACUCUUUUAUCACUUUGGCCAAUGUAGUAUCAAAAUCUAAAUCUUGCACAACUGCCUUUGCAUGUCAGCACUAUUUUAAAAACUGUGCUACUAGCGGGGGAAAAAAAGAAAAUUGUCAAAUCAGAAGUGAGGAAGUGCUAAGCAAAUACAGGAACCAAAAAGGGCUAUAGAAGCUGCUUUGCACUGUCUCGCUCAGUUCCGUUGUGUUCCCCGUCUUCACCACAGGCCAAAGCAGUUCUUCACAACCUGCCCGACCAGAGCAUCGUGGUUGUGGGAUAAUGGAAGAGUUGGAUGCCCUGUUGGAGGAACUGGAACGUUCCACCCUCCAGGACAGUGAUGAAUAUUCAAAUCCUGAUCCUUGUCCCCUGGAGCAGAAAUCCAGCAAGGAGAGUAAGCCUCCCAAGACUUCAAAGACCUUGUCCUCUCCAGGCAAUACCAGUCCCUUGCAGGUGCAGCUUGUGUAUACUACCAGAAUCCAGGAACCUAAUAUCUACAGUGAGGUUCAAGAGCCAAAGAAAUCAGCACCACCUUCUAAAACCUCGGCAGCUGCUCAGCUGGAUGAGCUCAUGGCCCACCUGAGUGAAAUGCAGGCCAAGGUUGCAGUGAAAGCUGACACCAGCAGGAAACAUUCACCAGACAAGCGGGAUUACACAGCGUCUCUGGACUCAAUGCUUGGGGGUUUGGAACAGGAACUGCAAGAUCUUGGGAUUGCCACUGUGCCCAAGGGCCACUGUGCUUCCUGCCAGAAACUGAUUGCUGGAAAGGUGAUCCAUGCUCUGGGGCAAUCCUGGCAUCCAGAGCACUUCAUCUGUUCUCACUGCAAGGAAGAGAUUGGCUCCAGUCCCUUUUUUGAGCGCAGUGGCUUGGCCUACUGCUCCAAGGACUACCAUCACCUUUUUUCUCCACGCUGUGCCUACUGCGCUGCUCCCAUUGUGGAUAAAGUGCUGACCGCAAUGAACCAGACAUGGCACCCAGAGCACUUCUUCUGCUCUCACUGUGGAGAGGUGUUUGGUGCAGAAGGGUUCCAUGAAAAGGAGAAGAAGCCAUAUUGCCGAAAGGAUUUCUUAGCUAUGUUCUCACCCAAGUGUGGUGGCUGCAACCGCCCAGUGUUGGAAAACUACCUUUCAGCCAUGGACACCGUCUGGCACCCAGAGUGCUUUGUGUGUGGGGACUGUUUCAGCAGUUUUUCUACUGGCUCCUUCUUUGAACUGGAUGGACGUCCGUUCUGUGAGCUCCAUUACCAUCAGCGCAGAGGGACCCUGUGCCGUGGCUGUGGGCAGCCCAUCACUGGCCGCUGCAUCAGUGCCAUGGGGCACAAGUUCCACCCCGAGCACUUCGUGUGCGCUUUUUGUCUGACGCAGCUGUCGAAGGGCGUCUUCAGGGAGCAGAAUGACAAGACCUACUGUCAACUCUGUUUCAAUAAGCUCUUUUCUCAGUAAUCUCUGCUGACCCACACCUGAUUCUCAGUGCCUAUACAAUUUAACAAAGACAGGAAAGCCGACCCUUUCUGUCCUUUCUGUUGCUGACCUUCUGCCCAGUGGCUGGUUCAGAAUGUAAAAGUGCUGAACAAAUAAGGCGAUUUCUACGUGUAGUUCGGCUUAUAACCUUAUUUCUGAGGCUUCUUGUUUUAAUAUUUUUAAAUUAGGUAUCUUCAUUUAGAUUUAGGUCAUGCUACCCUGUCCCUUUGAAGAUGCACUCUCCACAUGCACAGUUCAUUACUGUUUUUCUCUCUCCCUUUUCACCUCUACUCAUGGACCUACUCAGAUCUUUGGUUGUGGGCCCCAGAGCCAUUCUUCAAGAUCCACCAUUCACCUGGCUCACAGUGCCCUAACCACACUUUCUCCUUACUGUGAGGAGUUGGUACUGACACAACUCUUAAGCUCUAUGCAUCCCUCACAGUGUGUUUACCUUUUUUUCAAAAGGAAGUAGAUUUUAACUGACAUCCUUGAUAAAUAAAAUGGCUUGUGGUUUGGAUGACUCACUGUCAUCGUCAUUUGGUAGAUAAACUUCUGCUUCCUGUGUUAUAUACUAGGCAGUUUUUAGAAUUGAAUCUGCACUCUACCUCUUCUUUCCUUGUCUACAACGGACGCUUCUUUCAUUUAAUCAGAAGACAUUCAAAGAAGAGAUUCAUGCUGAUAAUGCUUCUCUUUAGUUUGGGCCUAUGACCAUUUUUUUGUUGUUGUUAUUUUGGAUUUAGAUCAUUGAAUCAUCUUAAAAGAUAGAAAAGCUUUUAAAUUUGUUUUCAUCACUUUGUUUAAAUAAAGAGAAAAGCUGGCUAUCAUUAAGUACCUUACAAAUGCCUUUCUAAAGUGAAAAAUGAUGUGUUACCUUCAAACUCAAAAUUGUCUCAUGAAGACAAAUGGCAAAUGUCAUAGCACACAGCUUCUCUGAAGAAACAUAUACAAAAGAUUAAAUGAUUGUCUUCUAGUUUGGACAGGAAGGCCAA